GCUGCCGUCCACAUCUGGAGACGCUUUCUCUCCUCAACUAACUUAAGUUAACUUCCAAUAAACUCUGCACAGGAAUAGGACUCGUUUGUGAAGUAGCUUUUUUUUUGUGCUUCAAGGUAUAUUUGGCUACCCUUAAUAGUAAGUAGUGAUUCUUAAAUCUAAUCUGGCCGUAUUCCGGACUCCCUGCGUUAGCUUCAGCAGUAUGAAUAAACAGUGAGUGUGACUCGGAGGGUUCAUAGCCUACGUUGUGUAGCGAAGUGUAAACUUUGUUGUUGUCCUGCCAAAAGCUGUUUAAUACGCUAACUUCACGAUGCUCUGAGAUACCACAAAGCGAGCCGUGGGCAAAGUAAAUGUCUUGAGUUGACCAGGACGAACUGAGAGUGCCAUAGUCCCAACGUUUCUGAUUCAUUCAGGUUUCUACUAGAACAACGUGUUAUGUGUUCUCCACAUUUCCACUUCUUAUUUGUUACUAUCUGCAGCAUAUGAGACUCUGUUCAACAACUUGCUGCUAAAUAGUCCAUCCCAUCGCUGAUGGGGACAUGAACCGUAUGGACUCCUGUCUCCGAUCCGUGAUGGAGUGAUGGCGUUUUAUUUCCCAGCAUUGACACAACAUUUGGACAAAAAAAAGUCAUUUCGGAGCUAAAGGCUGGGAUAUGGCACACAACGAGGCUCCAUACUGAAGUGUUUAAGUUAGACCGAGGGGAAAUUUAAAAGCCCUAAAAAUACAGCGCUGUUUUUUCCCCCUACAAAGAAUCAUUUGAACUUCCCACCGCAGACCGAGAGCGACAUAAAUAGUUCUGACAUGUGGAUGUAAUUUCAGAAGAAGAAAAAAAGAGACAGAUGCAGAGAAAUAGAGUGAGCACAAUCUGAGGGUAUAGAUUAGAGGGGGGAAAUUUGAGGGCCAAAGUAGAGAUUAUAGAGUUAUGAUUUCACAAGCCACUAUCGGCAUCAAGAGGCCAGAUGCAGGGGACAUGCCUCGUGCCAGUCUGAAGAUAGUUAAGUAGAUUCAUUCGUUUUGAUCUCGCCACCAUCGCCGUUUGUUUUGAGCCCUGAAUCGACUGUUGGAGUUCAGAGUAGAGCCUCAAGUCAGGCAUGGGAUCCAAUCUCCUGCUCCACAAUUUGGACUUUCUGCUCAUCUCACUACUCGGCAGUAUAUGUCUGGUGUAUGCAGAUGACGUGCUCACCAAAGAUGAACAGAUAGGCCUCUUGUUCAAAGCCAAGCGUAUGUGUGAGGGAAACAUCAUUUCAAAGCAAAUCUUUCCAGAUGGCUUCUGCUCACCGGAGUGGGAUGGUAUUGUUUGCUGGCCUGAGGGGGCUCCAGGAGAGCUUGUUUCCACGGCAUGUCCAGAGUACAUCCAUGACUUCAACCACCAAGGACUAGCAUACCGUCGCUGUGACAACAAUGGGACAUGGGAGCUGGCCGCCACCAAUAACAAGACCUGGGCCAAUUAUAGUGAAUGUGCAAAAUUCUUCCCUCACUACAACCACAACCAUGAGAAGGAGGUCUUCCAUCGCUUGUACAUCAUCUACACCGUGGGCUACUCCAUCUCUCUGGGCUCCCUCAUGGUGGCUGUGGGAAUACUGGGAUAUUUCCGGCGCCUGCACUGCACCCGCAACUACAUCCACAUGACCUGUUGUGUCUUCAUGCUGAGGGCCAUCAGCAUCUUCGUGAAGGACGUGGUGCUGUACUCGGGCUCCGCCAUGGAGGACAUGGAGAGGGUCACCGUGGAAGACCUCAAGUCCACCGAGGGCCCCGCCCGCAGACAAAACACAGUUUUCCAAAUUGUUUGGAUGAAUGAGAAGAUUAGGGCCCCCGUUGGUAGGGCCCCUGGGGAGGAGAUUGGAUGCAAGGUGGUGGUGACGGGUUGCCUCUACUUCCUGGCACUAACUACUACUGGAUCCUUGUGGGGGCCUGUACCUCCACGCCUCAUCGUCAUGACCUUCUUCUCUGACAGGAAGUAG